UCAGCAGAUAUUCUCUGGUGUGAAGCAAGUUUACAUAUCUCUUGCGAAAAAUGUUUCCUUAAUCUUGUAAAUUUUAAUAAAACCCUCGCCGAUAAGAAAAUGGACAAGCUAACUACUAUAAGUGCAGCACUGUUUAUGGCAGCCGAUGUCUGCGCCAUAGUGAGCCUCGCGAUGCCCGAUUGGAUUGUGACUAGCGUAGGUGGAGAAACCCGUCUAGGAUUGAUGUGGACCUGCAUGACACUGUACAACCGACCACAAGUUUGCUUCACACCUGAACUACAGCCAGAGUGGCUCAUAGCGCUCAUCUGUAUCUUUGUGGGAUGCAUCUGCAUCACAACUACCAUCAUCCUGCUUGCUUCCAGCAACUGGGAUCGGAACGUUAUUCCCUACGCCAGAUGGGUUGGUUUUACAGCAAUGGUACUGUUCUGUUUGGCAGCAGUGAUCUUCCCGCUUGGGUUCCAUGUCGAUGAAAUCGGAGGUCAACCGUACCAUUUGCCACACUCGCAUCAAGUGGGCAUUUCGUAUAUCAUGUUUGUACUAGCUCUCUGGAUAACAGUAAUCUCGGAAUUGUUCGCCGAAAAAGUAUGUUUGCCUCAAUUCUAGGCACAGUGACAUGAUUCAAUACCAAAUCAACUUGCACAGUAUUGUUUUCUAAACAUAGGUAAUCUCCAGUUUCUAAUUUGUGGAAUUGAACAUAAUUUUAUCUGAUUUAGUUUUACAUUGUUUAAAAUUAGUGCUUAAUUGGGAAUAUAAUGUGUGAUAUUAAUGUAA